GGCGAAACCGAAUGGUCCAAAAGCGGCCGCUACACCGGCACCAGCGAGAUCGAGCUGACCGCCGACGGGAUCAAGCAGGUGGCCGCGUCGGGCAAGAUCCUCGUGGGCGCGGGCAAGCUGGUGGACCCAGGCCGCAAGCUGGCGCGGGUGUUCGUCAGCCCCCGGCGACGGGCGGUGCACACCUUCGAGCUGGCGUUCCCCGAGGCCGACAGGCAGGCGCUGCGGGCCGCCGGGAAGGUGCAGGAGAACGACGAGCGGUUGGCCGAGUGGGGGUAUGGGCUGUAUGAGGGGUUGUUGACGAAGGAGAUCCGGGCCCUGCGCAAGGAGCAUGGGUUGGAUGGGGAGCGGGAGUGGGAUAUCUGGCGCGAUGGGUGUGAGGGGGGCGAGUCGCCGGAGGAUGUGACGGCUCGAAUCGAUAGUCUGAUUGCGGAGAUCCGUGAGCUGCACCGUGGGAAUAUGCAUGGCGAGCAGCCUGCCGAUGUGGUGCUUAUUGCCCAUGGGCAUACGCUGCGCGCGUUCACGAAGCGCUGGUUGGGCUAUCCCAUGGAGUUUCCUUUGUCCAUGAUGUUGGAGCCGGGUGCGGUUGGGGUCCUUAGCUACCAGCAUCAUAGCAUUGAUGAGCCGGCGUUCUUGGUCGGCUAUGGGUUCCCCUUGGAGCAGUGAGGCUGCGGCUGCACUGGCUGGUGAUAUACCGAUUCACGCCAGAAAGAUUGCAGGUACUUGAAGGAUUCUAGGUCAUAUGUUUUGGCGAGGAAAGCUGGAUAUGGGUGUCCAAGGCUACAGGUAGACUAAAAGAAAAUAGAACUAGAUUUCAAUGCGAUGAGGCAGAU